GCUAACAAAGUGCUAAAGUUGUACAAAUAGUGAAUUAUACGAUUACAAUAUAUUUUAAUAACACAAAAUCAUACGUACUUACGCUGUGGUAUCUACAAACAUUGAUAGUAUUAGUGAUUCGGAGAUAUCGCACCAAGAGACGCACAUAAAAACCUAUUGUGUUUAUACAAGGUAGAAGUUGUUUUGCAGUACACAGUGGAUAUAUUGUCGCAAAUAACGACAAUACCUCAGAUUUUUACUGAAGUUUACACCCGAGGAACUAAAUAACCAAUCACCAUGGCGAAAAUGGCAUUUCAGCACCAGGCUGGAACAGCUAUGGAGUGUCUUAGUAUACCUAUUACACUCCAAAAAGAGGCAGGCGUUGAUUCUGAAGGUAGAGAAGUUAUGAAAUGCGGUUUUAAAAUUGGCGGCGGAAUAGAUCAGGAUUUUCGCAAAAGUCCGCAAGGAUAUACCGAUAACGGUAUUUAUGUAACAGAAGUCCAUGAAGGGAGUCCUGCUGCUAAAUCUGGCUUGAGGAUGCAUGACAAAAUAUUACAGUGCAAUGGCUAUGACUUCACAAUGGUAACGCACAAAAAAGCUGUGAGCUACAUCAAGAAACACCCAAUUUUAAACUUAUUAGUAGCAAGGAAAGGCGUAACAUCUACUUAAAUCAAUUUGUUAUAAACCAUCUUACUUAUAAACAUUAUUUAGUUUGUAAUUACUUUGAGGUUUAUCUAUUUAUUGUGUUUCAAGAAUAGAUAAUAUUUAUUUGUUAUCUUUCAAGAUAA